AGCAGGUGGACUGGUCAUUCACUCUUCCUUGUUUACACACAUUCUUUACACAAAUGACAAACGGGCCUGACAUUAUCGACCUACUGACAGACACGUCGUCGCUGGACUUGGAAGCCUCACGGCCAGCAUCCCCGGCAGCCGCGGUAGCAGCAUCCCCGUAUGCUCGUAGAGACCGGCUAGUCCAGCCUCGCCGACCGCCGCAGCAACCUGCAGCAGACGUGCCAUCACCAAACACGCCCAACCUGCCUUCACCAUCAGUAUUAUUUCAUAUAGACAAUAUUUCCGCAACUCCCACACGACGCUCCGAGUCAUCACAUAGCAGCCUCCAGCUUAUUAGCCGAGACACAGCCCUAGACAUCCCGUCAUCGCCACCUACGGUAGAUGAGUACGUAAUGGAUGAGCUGCGAGAUAACCAGCCGCAAGAUUACGACGAACAAGGCCUGUCUGAUUUUCCAGGACUGCCGCCACCAUUGGACCUUGGCGAGUUUACACCUGGAGAGCUAGCAGCAGACGGAGAGCUGUCGGAUACAAGCUUCUUUCUGGACGAGAUAGUGCGAGGUGCAAGCGCUUUCGAUAGGCAGCGGGUAGCUAGUUCAGAUGAAUUCAGGACCGAAACUCGAUCUCCAAGUCAAGUGAGUGUGCCGAGGAUGCAUGCCGAUGACGCCAGCGAUUCGGCACCGCCAACAGAGAUCCUAGCUAGCGAGUCAGAGUCGGACACGGGCGACGCGUAUUUCACGAGAAUCAGACAGUCAUUAAGGCAAGCAGCUGAAGGGAAUGUCCGGACUGGUGCGGCACUGCUGGGCCGGCGGUCUGCAAGCAUGCAACAUACAGUAGCCGAUACCACUGGCAAGACACCAAGCAUGAUGAGUGGCAGCAGCCAGGCUAUGCCCAGCUCAUCACCAGUACUGUCACUGCACCAACCACCAGCGAUACACAGCAGUCAGAUCCUGGCCACAUCUACCAGCCUGAGUCUGCCAUCAUCACCUGGACCGCCUGCGGACCGUAGUCCGAGCGGAAUGCACACAAUGUCGCAGGCACUGACGCUGAAGGAGAUUGAACGUGAGCGGAAGCGUAUGGAGCGCGAAGAGAAGAAGCGGUUGCGAGAAGAAGAAAAGGCACGGAGGGAGAAGAAGAAGCAGUACGAGAAGAGUCUGAGCAAGGCAAACCGCAAGCAAGUCGAUACGUCAGAGAUUGCCAAGGAUAUAAUCGUGCUGGCAGACAAGUCAGUGUUAGACAUGUUAGCGGCUCCGCACAAGAAAAACAGUAUGGCACACGGCGCAUCUCCAGCUGAGGGCGGGCUGGCGACUGAUAGCGAUUGUGGAGCUAGUGAGGGGAAUAUGGAUGAGCGGGAGCACGCGCUAUUUGCCGGUCUGCUCGAAGCCGGGAUCAAAUACCGGGUCUCUGACAUCGGUGCUCUAGGUGCAUUCAAAUGGGAGAUGGAAAUGCACCGCAAGUGGGACUCGCUGAUGGGCAUGUACGUGCCGCUGGCAGUCCCACGCACAGUCCCAGUGCGCCUAGCUGCGAUGGUUGUGUGGCCAAGCGAGCGGCUCGUCGACCUCGUGUCACGCUCGCAGCUCGCAGAUGCCGUCGAAGUUGAGCGUGGACUACUGGGCGUCCGCCGACUGUUUGUGGUGGUUGUUGGACUGGCAAAAUUCCUGAACAAAGUCCAGACUGUAGAAUCACGCGAGUUUGCGCGAAUGAUACGCCAGAGACUCAAGAGCGGCUCAGUACACCCUGCGCAGUCUCGUCGACACACUGAUACGCGGACAACAGUUACUGAGGAUGAAGUUGACGAGGCGGUGUUGCAAAUACAGGUGACUAAUCCGCUGGUGACAUGGUUUUUGCAGUGCAAGGACACAAGCGCGCUCAGCCGCCUGCUGCAUCAAACAUCUGCGGACAUGGUGCAGGCUGUCUUCCGGAGCAAGGGCCAGAACGAGUGGAUAUCGACCGACAGCAGCGACCCCGGGAUGGGCUCGACGUUCUUCACCAGCUCGCAGCCGUCAAUGGCAAACAAUUUCAUUACUAGCGAAGUGCGCAGUGCUCUGCGGGCUGCUGUUAUUCGGACUGGUGCUGAUCUAACCGAUUCGUGGAUCCGCGCACUAGCCAUGAUCCCAAAGGUCACGCUAGCUGUAGCCCAGUGCAUCGUCGCGCAGUACCCGACGCCGCGCUGCCUGUUUGACGCAUGGGAGCGGCAGGGCAGCGUGCCUGAGCGUGCCCAGAUGCUGGCUAACCUGACUGUAUCCGGCGGCCGUAGGCUGGGCAUCACCAUGUCGACCCGCAUAUUCCACAUGUUCACUGAGUCCAACCCAUCCAAGCCAUACGCCGAGUGUUGAACAUGGCCUAAUAUAUUGUUUU